AUGUCAUCGUUUACUGUAUCAACUAAUACCAUACCCAACAAAUUCAAGACAAGGGCCAAUGCCACCACAAAUCUAGAUGCUAACCAAUUACGUUCACGUCAUUUAUACAAUUUGAUUCAUGCAACGUCUACAUCAUCAUCAUCAUCACCAUUGACCAAGCUAUAUUCACUUCAAUUUGAUAAAGUCAACAACUUGAAUGGAUACACUACUGCUACCACUAAUAUCACCAAUCCGGCACACGCUACACCCACUAUUCCACAACAACAAGUACCGGCAUCAUCAUCGUUGAUUAGUCACAAAAUAUGCCGUGCUUGUGGUGUGCUACUUAUACCGGGGCUUAACGUUUCUAUACGUAUCACAUACCCAAACAACAAAAGCAGCAAGAAGAGGAUGAAGGACAAAAAGAAGGAAAAGAAUAGUAUUGAACAGAGUAGAGCUAACACCGAUACAGAAACCAAAAGUGCGUCUAGUUGCGCUAGUAGUAGGAGGAGAUUGAGAUUUAAAUGUUUGAGCUGUGGUAGCAAGACAUAUGAAUCAUUACUCGAUGGAAGUAAAAACCAGAAAAGUCUGGCAAACAAAAUCACGACCCCCGCUGGCAGUAGCAAAGGUAGUGCACAUGCAAUACCAGAACCUUCAUCGUCAUCCACAGUCGUAAAUAGUCAGCAAUCGAAUCAAUCAUUGGAGCAUGAGUCAACAACCUCUGAAUCUGAAGCCAACACGACAGCAACAGCCACAACCACAACAUCUAAAACAAGUACAGCCGAGACAAGUACUGAAAAAGAGUCCGAGAGUCAACAGCCCAAUCACAAGAACAAAUCAGCUAAACAACGAGCUAAAAAGAGAAAAGCCGAGUUGAAUUUACUAUCGAAUUUGAAACAACGUAAAACUGAUCAAUCAUCAAAAUUGGAUUCAUUAAACUUGUCAGAUUUUUUAAAAUGA